CCGGCCGCAGGAUUCGAAUCGAACGUCGGUGCAGGAACCGGGCUGUAGCGGAGCUGCGCGAGGGCCAAUCAGCAGCGGCGGCACACGGCCCCGGAACGUUGGGACACCCCGGCCCCGCCCCGCGCUGUUGUUUGUGGUGUCGGCUGGCGGGGCGGCGGGAUCAGAACCACAACAUUCGCCGGGCGGCGGAGGCCGAGCCCCGGAUCCCCGCGGCCGGCGCUGCGGGGGCCUCGCGUUGCGCCAUGUCGGUGAACACGGAUGAACUGCGGCACCAGGUUAUGAUCAACCAGUUCGUGUUGGCCGCGGGCUGCGCGGCCGACCAGGCGAAGCAGCUGCUGCAGGCGGCGCACUGGCAGUUCGAGACCGCCCUGAGCACGUUUUUCCAAGAAACCAACAUUCCCAACAGUCACCACCACCACCAGAUGAUGUGUACGCCCAGCAACACACCUGCCACACCGCCCAACUUCCCUGACGCGCUGGCCAUGUUCUCCAAGCUUCGCACUUCCGAGGGUCUACAGAGCAACAACAGCCCCAUGUCGGCCACGGCCUGCUCCCCCCCUGCAAACUUCAGCCCCUUCUGGGCCUCCUCCCCACCCAGCCACCAGGCGCCCUGGAUGCCGCCCUCCUCCCCUACCUCCUUCCAUCGCCUCCACUGCCCACAGCCCACGUGGCCCCCCGGAGCACAGCAGGGAGGCACCCAGCAGAAAGCCAUGGCGGCUGUGGAUGGCCAGAGAUGAGACUGGAUGCUGCUGGGCCCUGGGCUGGAGCAAGGGGGGCAGUCCAGGGUUGUGGGGACACAGGAGGGCCAGGGAGGGGGGAGCAGGGGAGGGCGAGGGGUUUCCUGAAGAUCGCACUGGAAGAUUUUAUAAAAAGAAUUUUUGUGGGUGGGUGGGGGCAGUAAACUUCGUGGGCCACUUGGGUCCCUCGGGAGUUAUUCUUUGGGCAAGUUUUUUUCUCUUUUAAUAUAUAACUAUAAUAUAUACGGAUAUAUAAAUAUAAUUAAUGUAUGUGAGAGUGGGGCUGCAUACUUGGGGUGCUGGGGGCAGAGGAGAAGGGCCCAAAGAAUCCCUUGAAGUCACAUCUGCAAACAGGACAGCCAGCCCCUUGUUCCUGCCUGGGGCUGCUGCUUAGGGCUGCAGGAAGGGUUCCACAAGACCCUUUAUGGCAUCAUUGGGCUGUCCCAGCCCUGUCGCUGCUGUGCCCAGAAUUCUUCUCUACUCCUCUUUGCUGCCCUUCAUUGCUGUUUUUGUCCCCUGGUGGCUUUGUAGCUGCUAUCGCCCCUGUCUCUAGCCGGGUGCGCAUGGUUCAUAGGACUGAAGAACUGCCUUGAGUGAGGUCAGACUUUGUCCAGUGGGGGACCCGAGUGUCCUGUCCCACAGGCACCCAGCCUCUCCCUUUGUGUCCAGGUUCAGAGGAAACAGACCCUGAAGAGUUUGCCCUUGGGUCACGUUCCUAAAUCGGAAUCUCAUCUCGCCAGGGUGAAAUUUUAAUUUAAAAACUUAAAAAGAGACUUUUCUAACUUC